AUGCAGAAUCAGCUCUCGGGCGGCAAGAUGGACAGGCAAUACUUGAAACGGAUGGCGGGAAUAGACUUCGAGAUGGCCCGCCCUGAUGUUCAGGGAAAGGGGGUGUACGUCAUCGACAAAGUGAAAAGAGUGAAGGAUCCUAAUGCCAAGGAUGGUAUCUCACAGACACGCCUGGCGUCAUACUACGUGACUGCAGAUGGAUGGGUGUACAUGUGCCCACCCAUACAGAAACUUGUCGAUUCAAAGCUUCAGAUGAUUUCCUACUUCUUGAAGAAAGCUCUCGAGCACACUUCUUCACAUUAUUCGUUCAGCCUCACAGCUGGUCACGUGCUGAACAAGCCGAGUGACCAGAAAUCCGAGGAAUGGAAGCCGGUGCUUGCUGAUUAUCUUACAUCUUCUCAGAUCACUUGUUUCGGCGCUUCAGCCUUGAAGCCACAAGUAGACAGGGAGCAGGUUGAGGACACGAAGAUGGUAGAGAAGAUGCUGAAGUCGAUUUCAAAACUUUACCCCAUCAUCAUCCCGGUCGCCGGAGGCUGCAGCUCCGCCAGCAGGUGA